AUGAACCACUCCUUUUCUCCAAACCUGGUUCGACCUAACCUGCCUUUGAGGAAACCUUCAUCAAGCCCUAUGGCUGUUGCCACCGCGUCGUCUCCUUCGAGACAUCUCAUCAGGCCCUUAUCAUCACCUGUGCUCCCCGCGUCUGGUGCCACUGGAGACGGUCUUGUCCAACCACCAAUAACCAGGGAUAAAGCAGCAAUGUUAGGAUCCACACCACCAGCACUGACUGUAUACUUCUGCAACUUCUGUGGUCAGCAAGGAAAUCUUCGGUGCAAGCGCUGCAAGAAGACGCCUUACUGCUCCGUGUUGUGCCAGACAGAAGACUGGAUAGCACACAGACAUGUGUGCAAAUCCCCUGAUCCAGAACCUGCAAAAGAGAAACCAAAGGAAACCACAGUUUUGCCAAUGACAGGAGACAGAGCUGGCCAAUUGGAGAUAAAGCCUGCAGCAGAUACAUCCAGCCUCCAAAGGGUCUAUUUGAAAGACUUGCAAAUAACUAAAAUGAUUCAGGGAACAGACAUCCAGGCAUCCGUUGUAGAGUUAUACAGCCCUGGCAGGUUUUUCCUCCUAGCCCAAAGCCCUGAGAUGCUAGAAGCUCUGCAUGGCAUCAGCACAGAGCUUCAGAAAACUUACAGCUGCUCUUCAGCAACAACAUACGUACCCUGUGUCGGGGAGGUUUGUGGAGUACAGUUUUCCUGUGAUCUGAACUGGUACAGAGGCCUGGUCCAAACCUUGUCUGCUGACCAGAAGACUGCUAAUAUCCUUUAUAUUGACUUUGGCAAUGAAGAGGAUGUCCCUGUGGAUAGGAUUAGACCCCUGGCUGCUAAUAUCCAGCGAUCUUGUCCAUGUGCCAUGGAGUGCAGUAUCGCUGGGGUGGUGCCACUGGAUGGCAACUGGACAGGCGAAUGCUGUAUUGCAGUCAGACAGCUGGUGGCUGGCAAGACUGUGACUGUUAAGCCGAUAGAAACACUGGAGAAUGGUCGCAUCCAUGUUGUGGAUAUCCUGCUUUCCAUGGGAAAGCAAUUGAGCACAUUCCUCCUUGAGCAUGGUUAUGCCACAAAGGAAAUAGUCAAUGCAACACCGACUAAACAAGAAAUACGCGCCAUGAUGAGUGUAUCGUUGGAAAAUUUUAAGCGUCACUCCAGUGGGAAAGAUGACAACAUCUGGGCUCAGCCUCCAGAGCCUCUGACACAGGCAGUGGGUGACUCCUUCUCUGUUGUGGUCACCCACUUCCAAUCACCCAGUGAAAUUAUCGUACAGAAGGUGGAAAAUGCAGGAGUGAUUCAGGAGUUGCAGUUGAACCUGAGGGAACACUGCUGUCGUGUCCCAGCCCCCCAGAACUUCAGACCAGCACCUGGUACUGUUUGCUGUUCCAAGUUCUCAGAGGACAAGCAGUGGUACAGGGCCAAAGUUCUGGCUUAUUCAUCAGAGGAACGCGUCUGUGUUGGCUACCUUGAUUUUGGCAACUCCGAAGAGGUGGAUUUGGGUCACCUGCGGCCUAUCACCACUUCAUUACUGGCCCUGCCAAUGCAGGCUAUGCCUUGUGGUCUAGCAGGGGUGCAGCCUGUUGGGGAGAGGUGGUCAGAAGACUGCCUGUUGGCCCUGCAGCGAAGAGUAUCCAACAGAAUACUGCGCAUUGAGAUCCAGGGAGCUCAUGAGGGCAAGGCUUUGGUGGCCAUGAUUGAUGAGGGCAGCGACCCUCAGGCCAAUGUAGCCGAGCUGCUGAUUUCUGCUGAUUACGCUGAUUACGCUGCUGUUCCUACCAGUAGUGACCAGCAGGUUGACCAGAAAGUAACUCCUGCUGCUGAACCACAAGUGCCUACCCCAGCUGAUGAGCCUCUGGUGUGGUCUUUUGCUGAGAUUCCCUGUGACGGCCAGACAGUGGCACUGCUAGCCAGCGUGGUGGAGAACCCUGGAGAGUUCUACUGCCGCAUUGACAAUCCUACAGACCAUCAGCGGCUGAUAGAGCUUGGGGAUGAGUUGAAGCAGCAUUGUGAGGCAGAUAACUCACCUUUUGAGCCCAAAGUGGAAGAGCCCUGUUGUGCCAUGUAUCCUGGUGAUGGAGCGUGGUAUCGGGCUUUGGUGAAGGAACUGUGUGAGAACCGGGUGUCUGUAAACAUUGUGGACUAUGGUUUCAACAUGAAAGUAGAAAAGCAUCAUCUUAGAUCCAUUACACCCCGACUCCUGACUCUACCCUUUCAGGCAGUUUGCUGCUGGCUCUCGGGUGUGGAGCCCCUGGGUUCAGAGUGGAGCAGUGAAGCCCUGCUUUGGUUCCAGGCUCUGGUGGAUGGCGAGCAGCUCUCUGCACGUGUCCUUUCUGUCACUAAACAGGGCUAUGGUGUGGAGCUGGAGAGCAGAGGGCAGAAUGUGGCUGCUGCCCUAAUUUCUGAGCAACUAGCCAAAGUUCCUGGGGAGAUUCAUAAAGAGACGCGUGCAACCACAGGCUCCGCAGCCAAAUCCCAAGAGAGCACAAAGGAAAAUGAGCACAAUCAAAUACAUGCACAAGACUCCAACCAGACCGGAGCCACUUCCAAAGAGACACCAACUGAAUGCCCGACUGCAUUGCCAUCAGAAGUCCCAUCUUUCCCAGUAGACUGGAAGGCAGUGGAGUUGCCUCCCAGUGAGACCUUUAAGCCGUAUGUUGCAGCCGUCACUAGUCCUUCCCUCUUCUACGUGCUUGGUCCCAGCCAGGAUCAGCAGAAGCUUCAGGAGUUGAUGAUGCAGGUGGCUGCCUACUGCAGCAACAACCAGGCCUCUUUAUCCUCUGCUGUCCUGAGUAGACCAGUUCCUGGGGCUGCCUGCUGUGCCCAGUUCUCUGCCGACAAUAACUGGUACCGUGCAGUGGUCCUGGAAGUCGGUGAGAAUGAGAUGAGUGUAGUCUAUGCAGAUUACUGCAACACUGAAAAGGUGCCAUUCUCCCGAAUUUUGCCCAUCCCCAAACAACUGCUGCAGCUCCCCUUUCAGAUCACUCGCUGCACCCUCACUGGUAAGGAGCACUUUCCCGCUGAAUGGCCAGAGGAAGUGCAGCAGAUGUUUCAAACUAUCCUGUUGAAUGGUGUCCUGGCCACUGUCCAGGCCUUCGAUGGCUUUGCUAACAUGCUCUCACUCACUCUGCCCACUGAGAAGGGAGGGGGGGACCUCACUGCCAUGAUAGUGGAUUCACUACAGGUCCAGACCAAGAGUAAUUCUUGCCCAGCCACCUGCCAGAGGGCUGACCAAACUGAUAGCAGCACACCUACUGCCAGCACAACAGCUGCACCUGAGCCAACACCCUGGACUCCCCAUCAGAAUAAAAACAUUUCUGCAGAGUCUGUCAUUGCUCCUCAGACUUCGCACUGCUGCUGUCUGAGCCUGAAGACUAAGAUUGAUCAACUGGAAAAGCUGAUGCAGCUGCAGCUUGCUCUCAUCAAGCUGUUAGUUGGACAGUCUAAAUAA